UGAGAAAUAUGCUGAGGAACGUAAACUGAUUGUUAGAUCAUAAACGUAAUUCUUUUAAGUGUAAAUAUGGUAAAGUUAAUUGUACUAAGAGUGCGUUGCAUAAAAUUUACAUCUUUACGAUAUUUUUCAGCAAAACCAAAAGUUGUACUUAGUGAUACAGUAUUUACUUCAGUCUCUAAUAAUGAAAUCAAAUAUAGGCAUCAUCCAGGUGUUGUUAUUCCUAGAACACCAGUGUUUCCACAAUGGGCAAUAAAAGAAAUACAAAGUAUUUUAAAAGAGAGACAAAUAGUCUUGAAAAAAAUUAAAGAGAAUACAAAGAAAUUAAUACAUCACUUGAAUAAACGUCAUCCACCAUUAGAACAACAUGAGUUACCAGCAAAAUUUCAGAAAGUAGAAAAGCGUUUGAAUAUUAAUAAUCAUGAUAAAAAGAUAUCGAUAGAGGAUAUAGAUUUCCGUAAAGAUAGAAAGUCCAGGAUGAUUUUGAAGCAAAAUAUUUAUAACUGGCAACCAAUACACUUCGAUAAACUCACUUCCCUGAUGUACCUGGUCGGCAGAGGCGUUCAGAAUUAUGCGGUUUUGCAUAAAAUUUUCAACGAAAUUAAAUUUCGCGACACGGAUUUCAGACCUCAAACAUUGUUUGACUUUGGUUCUGGUGUUGGCACAGUCAUGUGGGCAGCUUCUGAGAUCUGGUCAAAAACGUUAAAAGAAUACUUUUGUGUUGAAGUAUCGGAAUUCAUGAUUGAAUUGUCAGAAAGAUUAGCGGAAGCUGCCGAGCCAAAGAUCAAAGAAGUUUUUCAUCGUCAAUAUUUUCCUAUCUCGACGAAUCGAACAUAUGAUAUCGUAGUGAGCGCGUACACUUUGUUUGAAUUACCGGGUAUGGAAUCACGUAUUAAUACAAUAUUAAACCUUUGGGCAAAGACUAACAACUACCUGAUUAUUGUAGAAGAAGGAACCAAUGCAGGUUUCAAACUAGUAAAUGAAGCACGAGAUUUCGUUCUCAAAUACGCAAAUUCGAAACGUAGACAAGAAACGCAAUUUGCUCAUGUUUUCUCACCUUGUCCACAUGAUUUGAAGUGUCCAAGAUUUGCCACCGAUAAUACUCCCUGUAAUUUAAGUGUUCUUUAUCACCCAUUGCAAUUUUUGGGCGGUCGACAACACAAAUCAGAGCUAUAUUCUUAUGUUGUGUUAAAGAAAAGUAAACGUCCUGAGAAUGAUGAGCAAUGGCCAAGGAUCGUGCGAGCUAUAUUAAAACGUUCUAAUCACACGAUCUGUCGCAUGUGCACCAACAGUGGAGAACUGAAAGAGGAGAUAUUUACAAAAUACAAGCAUGGAAAGCAUAUGUACCGUUGUGCAAGAGAGAGUGAAUGGGGCGAUAGAUUACCUUUGCAUUAUGAACAACAGCAAGAAAAUUUAGAAGAAACUGAAACAGUUACUAAAAUAGCUACUGAAAAUAAGAAUAAGGAAAUUUAAAU